UCGGCCCGGUACGAAUACCCAUAUCUGCACUAUGAACUUGAAGAACGUGCAUUAAGUGUCGCCGUGACUUAACCAAAGUGUUUUUUUCCUAACCGGUACCAGCUACCGUUCAGUACACACAGUAAAGAGUUGCUCUCCCCUGGUUCUCACCUGUACUCAACUUAUCUCUUAGUGGUGCCAGGUAACUCUGAACACCUGCUCUGCCGCGAUCUUUCCCAAGAUACCGCUCGUCCCUACAUAAACAGUGACGGUGAGUGCACUUUGCAACAUUUAGUUAACGGAGAGCUAGGUGCGCCCCAAGGCAAGCCAAAGCUGUCUCAAUGUCGCUGCUGGUUAGAAAAUGUGUGCUCUUCUAAGCCUGUCUACGACCAUGUAUCUUGUGGCAGUUCUCCUGCCGCUUGUCUUAGCCCUACCGGCUGUUACGGACCCGAGGGAGGAAUUAGGCCUCUUUGCUACAGGGAUUGAAGCUUCGCAAAAUCCCGCCAUAUGGAUACGAGAACCGACGUCGGAAUACACGCGAGCGUCUUGCGAAACGAAGAGAAGUUCGCGGGUGGUGAAGAGAAGAAUACCUGACUUGGAGGACGAGAUAGCCAGCGUUUCGUACUGUCUGCCGCACGGCUCGUGUGAAGGCCACUGCGGAGAACACGACCCGGGUAACUCGUACUACCAGUCGUACUUCAACUGCCGCUGUGAUGUGGACUGUGAGAUUUUCCAGGACUGCUGCCCUGACUACUCGGCAGUUUGUGCCCAUCAUCACGCCGAAGAAGGGUCGGGCCACGCGGAUCCUUCAACCGCAGACCCACAAGACGGGUCAGAAGAUGCGGUAGAGAGCCCGCCUUUAGAAAAUUUCGAGUGUGUAAAACUUUCCGGCUAUUACCAAGACACAUACUGGGUCGUCACAAAGUGCCACCCAAGCUGGACGGACGGGGACAUACAGAAACAGUGCGAGAAAAGCGACAAUAUGGACUUUCUAUCCGUGUUUCCUGUCACGGGAGAGGACGGUUUUACCUACAGGAACGCCUUCUGUGCACAGUGUAACCACAUGACGAACUUCACCUUCUGGAACGUCUAUGCUAACUGCUGGGAGAGACCGCCUGAAAGCCGUGACCCCGCGAUCCUUCCCUCGUACCUGAACCACUCGUGUCUGGUCCGUAUCCGACCUGAGCGUGCCGAGAGGCCGCUCCGCCUCUGCGAGCCGGACCUGAUCGCGUCCUGCCCGCCUGACAGUAACUCAACCAUCGCAGAGAUCUGUGGAUCGUACGAGUCCAUUGUGCUUGGCGGGGACUCCAAAGCUCCACUGAAAGCCUACAAAAACAGACACUGCGCCAUGUGUAACGGCGUCGACAAUGAUGAUCACUUCUGUCCGGUGUGGCGUCGCAUUAAUGGCUUUUACUGGACUUUAGGCGUUGACCAUCCUUCGGCUACUUCAAACCUACAAAAUAGCCGACAGUUGGGCCUUCCUGAUUCCGGAACGUCCAUGGACUUUAGCGGGCCGUUGGGAUGGCUGCCCGCGGCCUUUUCCGUGCUUAUGGACUUCGACCCUGUCCGGGGAGAAAGCUCUUUCACGUACACCGAUCUCACCAACCCCGCGGCUGCCGAAGACGUGGAGAUGGUGUCGUGCGAGGCAGGACAGAUCUACGACCCCUUCCUGACGAUCUGCAGGUCCGUGUUCUGUGGCGACGGCUUCUCGUACGACUUCUGGAACAAGAUGUGCGUCUCCAACCAGAACAGUAGUCAUGUCUUGCAAACGAUUCACAUCACGCUCACAAUCCAGAUUCAGGCGUAUUCCUCCAUUGUAAACGAAGAACUCGAGCAUCAAGUGAUCGGAGCCGUGACUGGACUCUUUAACAUCAGCCAAGCAGGACUUGACUCUAUCAACGUGAACAUCGACAGCCCCUGGCAGCCUGUGAACACCAACGCCUCUUCGGGUGGAAGAGCUCCAGCAGACAGCCCUGUCCAGAACGGCCCUGUAGGAGAGUCCUUCUUCAGUAUGACGUUUUCCUUAGAGAUACCGAUCACUGAUAACAUGAUGAACGGCAACUAUAGCAAUUUCUUAGACAACCUGUAUGCGAAUCUUGAGGACUUUGACUUCUACAUUGCUGGCGUUCCAGUCAAUGCUAUAGACUCUGUGGAAGACGUCGAUGUCGACUCAUUCAAGUGCCAAAACGGAACGGUCGCAAGAGUCUACGACUACAUGGACUUCGUCCUCAUGACCGACCAAGAAAACAAUACCAUCCUACACGUCAACUCCACGUGCAAGUCGUUUUCUGAAGAGGAAUUCACGGUUUACUCCGUCAGUAUUCAUGCCUCCAAGUUCGGAGAACUCACGACCCAAAUCUCGCAAGUUCUCGUGUGCGUGGACGAGACUUCGUGCCCUAUCGUUCCUCUGAACCAGUCCGAGUACCAGCUUUUCCCGAACAAUUCCCUCCUGUACCUCGCCUGUGGCUAUGGGAACCAUCUACUGUAUCCCGGGGACUUCUGCAUCAUCAACGGCCGACCGCAUGUCAUGUUCUGUGAGAACAGUACAGACGACUCCGGGGUAGACUACCAGCCCGUGGAAGCCCCGCCCGCCAUCACAGCAGACAGAGUGGUGACUUUUGUAGCCAUGGUCGUGUCUCUUACAACCCUGGCCGCGACCAUAGUGACGUACCUCCUCUUCCCGUCCCUUCGAACGCUUCCAGGACUCACCAUCCUGAACCUGUCCACAUCCUUGUUCCUCUCCCAGGUCGUGUUUCUGUCGUCUGUAAACAGAGAGAACAUCUCCAGCGAUCUGCUUUGCAAGGUGACCGGCAUGGGCAUCCACUACCUGUACCUGACGUCUUUCUUCUGGAUGAACGUCACUGCCUUCAUGGUGUACAAGACGUUCGUAGUGGAGAAGACUAUCAUUGUUCGCUGCAGGUCUGACCACAUGAGAAAGGCCCUUCGCUACAUGGCGUACGCGUGGGGCUGUCCUCUGAUCAUCGUCUCUAUCUGCGCAGUCCUGGAGUUUGUUGACCUUGGCCCGCUGAAAGAUAUCGAGUUUGGGUACGGAGGCAAAGUGACGUGCUGGAUAUCCCGGCUGUACCCCCUCAUCUUCGCCUUCUUCGUCCCGCUCGCCAUCGUCAUCGUGGUCAACGCCAUUUUGUUCAUCAUCACGGUGAUUUCUAUCACCAGGACCCGCUCUGUACAGGGUAAGAACGCCCGACAGAAUGUGAAAGUGUACGUGCGCCUGUCCACCGUCAUGGGCUUCACGUGGAUCUUCGGCUUCCUGGCGGUCGUCGUCAACGCUCGGAUCAUUACAGAAAUCCUGUGGUUCCUCUUCAUCAUCUUCAACUGUCUUCAGGGAGUGUUUCUCUUCAUCGCCUUCGUCUGUAACACGAGGGUUCUCAACCUGUACAAGAAGAGACUCGGCAUGAAGCGGAAGGGCGGCCAGUUCGUGAGGGGCAUGAGCACCCCUCCGUGCAGCCCCAUCAAGAAAUCCCCCACCAUAACCACCUUGGUUCCGUCCUCGCCCCCUGUGAGCAUCAACACUAUCUCCGAGGUACGCAUGAAGAAAUCGCUGAGUCAGACGUUUCUGAUCCCGCCGUGUUCCGCCGAGUUUGACAACCCAACACCGCUUUACCCCCCUCCAGCGGAGAACGAGGAGGACACUGACACCAGGCUUUAGUGAUCUAAAUAACCGAAGAAACAAGAAAACAAAACAAAAGCAAAUACAAAUAUUUGUAAUACAAGCACUGGCCCCACUGUCAUUGGCUGAUUCAUAACAACACCAUACAGUUGCAAAUUACGUGGUCAAGAGAAAAAUGUAAGCCGCAAUCCAUUUUAAGUCCCUUUUAAAUUUGAUUGGGAAUUUUCUCUUUUCCCAGUUUCCACAAACUCAUACAAACUUUCAAGGCCAUUUGGCAUGUGUUUUAGCCUUACCUAAAAUGUGUGGGUGUAGCUUUCAGAAUGGUCGGGACCGUGCAAUAAGCAACCUUGGUUAUCAGCGCUCUAGCAAACACCGAUGGUUAGAAUAAUAGAAUACAAGUUGUCUUGUUGAAAUACUAUACAGACUUUGAGAGAAUUCGUCAUUGUGCGACAAAAUGAUGCAUCUAAAAGUAUGCUACUAAACACUAUUUUCGUCCUAUAUACUGAUAAAAACACUAGGCAGGUUGUGUAUGCUCGACCAAGGACAUUCUGCAAUUCUGUAAAACGUCCUUGGUUCGACAAACGAUGUAACACGACUGUGUCCCGUGUCCUCAUAACGCCAUAUCGCCUUUUCCUGGCGCUGGAACUAUGCAUCCGGCGGCCGCAGACUGCACGGAAGGCAGACAGCUGUAUGCUUGUAGGGAACGGCCUCGGUAAACAAUGUUAAUGUAGGACAGUUUACAUAUGAUAAAGUGCGUUAUGUAAUGUGCACCAAAUUCGUCUAGGUUUGAUCAACAAAGGAUCGCCAUUACAUGCUUGUUUAUAGAACGUUUUAAGUACCACACAAGUUGUUAAACAAUUUGCUGUAUACUACUGAUAUAUGAAAGUUUAGACAGUUUAUGUGUAUUGAUAGGUAUGUCUAUCUAGAGAGAAAAAUAUUUU